AUGCAUCGAGAAGCAAUUGAGGGCCUCACUUAUAUUGAAAUUGCAAGAAGAAUAGCGGCCGAAUGGUCAAAACUUCUUCCUUCUUACAAGUCCAUAUAUUGGGAAAAAGCUGGACUUAAUAAGACGCUUACUCAUUCACAGAAAAAGAGAUCCAAAUCAUUUUCGAAAUCAGAAGAAAAUUUAGAAAUGCAACAAGUUAAGAAGAAACCAAAAAUAUUUACAAAUCUUGAUAUUAGCGAAUCAGAUGAUACAGAUGACUCAGAACCAUUUCAACAGCAAAAGCGUAAAUACAAAAAGAGAGAUAAAACAAAAUCAAAUGACGGUGAAGUUCAUAAACGGAAGUAUCAUAAACAUCAGCAUGAUGAAAGUGACUGA